AUGGGAGAAGUCAUCGCUACGCACGUUGAGGCGACGGUUAAUCCACAGCAUGGACACACCUAUUGGAACCACUUGAAGACGUCUUUAUUAGUAUUGGCGGUUGCUGGUACAUACUUUGGGCAACUUGUUUUACUUGUUGGUGGAGGCCUGCUGUCCCACAGCAUCGCUGCCGUCGUCGGAGGAGCAUCGCUCACAGCAUGGCCAACCGCCGUCCUCGGGAUCUUGGUCGCAGCACUUGGGCCUCCGGUGUCCCAAGCCGCCGACUUCUGGGGUAGAAAGUGGUUUCUUAUCGUCCUCACGGCCUCAGGGUGUGUGGGGUCUAUUAUCGUCUCCAGAUCGAGCUCAAUGGGAAUGGCCAUAGCUGGUUUCACCAUCGCAGGUCUCUCAUGCGUUUCGCAGCCACUCCUUCACGCUGUCGUGUCAGAAGUCCUCCCAAGGAAAUAUCGAUCAUGGGCUCAAGCUAGCGUUAACGUAUCGGUAUGCUUCGGUGCCAUCUUUGGUCUCCUUGUUGGAGGUGCCUUGGUUCAAAACAACAACAAUGCGUUCCGCAUCUAUUUUUAUAUAUCCGCUGGGAUAUUCGCUCUCUCGGCCGCAGCUUGUACAUUUCUCUAUAAUCCACCUCCACGAGAAACGCAGAAGGGAACUGUAAGGAGUAAAAUUCAAAAGCUUGACUGGGUUGGCUUUGCCAUGGUCGGCUCAGGCGUCACUUUACUCUGCUUAGGCCUGUCCUGGGCACAGAAUCCGUAUCCUUGGACCAAUUCACACGUAUUAGCUCCGUUCCUAACGGGUGUUGCUAUCCUCCUGGGACUUGUCGCGUAUGAGUGGAAAGUCAAGAAAGACGGCCUCUUUCACCACCGCUUAUUUCAGCAUCGAAACUUCGCCCUCGCUCUUGGAUGCAUCUAUGUCGAGGGGCAUUGUGCCUUUGCUGCCAAUUACUUUGUGCCGUUCCAACUCACCACAUUAUAUCCGUCGAUGGGCUCCUUUCGGGUUGGUGUCUGCUAUAGCGUCUCCUACUUUGCUUUCACUUUCUUUGCAUUGGCGACAGGCCUCUACAUUUGGAAGUCAAAAACUGUGCGGAUUCCGACAAUAGCUGGGUUUGUGGCAUUUAUUCUCUUCUUCAUUCUUGCCGCUACAGCACAGGAAAGCACCCCACAGGCCAACUUUUGGGGCUACAUGAUAUUCUUAGGCGCGGGGCUUGGGCUGUUGUUGACGACUCUUGUCGUCGCCGCUCAACUGUCGACACCUCCAGAGCUUAUCGCGAUGGCUUCCGGAUUAGUACUCUCUGUCAGGAGUCUUGGAGCUUCAACAGGGCUGGUGAUAUAUCAAGCUGUGUUCAGCCAUGGGAUCUCAAAGAAUUUGUUUCCCAAGGUAGCUGGGGUGACUAUUCCUCUUGGUCUGCCGGAAGGAUCACUAGGGCCAUUGCUGGGAGCUCUCACCUCGGGAAAUAUGAAUGAGCUACCAAAGGUGCCCGGAGUGACCCCAGAGAUCAUAGAAGCCGCAGCUCUGGCCGUCAAAGAAACAUACAGGCUUGCUUUCAGCUACGUCUGGGCCACCGCGGCAGCGUUCACGACAGUAGCUUUAAUUGCGGCAAUAUUCCUACGCAACCCUAGCAACCAGUUCACGCAAGAGAUUGAUGCACCUCUCGAUAUCACUGAAGGAGCUGGUGUGCAGGAAUAUCGAGACAAGUCUGUUGCGGAGUAA